GGGUGGAGGGAGUGGGACCCGGAUCCGGGCUGGGCUGCCUCAGUUUCCACUACCCAGAAGGGGAAUUGGAACUCCACAGCGGGGGGCCGGUGACGUAGACGAGCCAGGCUUGCAGAGAGGUCUGUGGGUGCUUUGUACUCACGUUUUCUUUCUUUCUUCCUUCCACCGCCCCCACCACCCGCUUUGUGAGGCUGCCCUUUGACCGGCGCCUUCCCGGGGUGAUCGAAUUUUAAAAGGAAUCUCGGAGCUGGUGGAAAAGGCUGGAGGAACAACUGAGCUCGCGUUUGGGGAGCAGCGACCCCCUCCCCCAGGCUUCUCCGGGAGCGACCCCCUAAAAGGCCCCAGACCCCUACUAAUGCGAAGUGUUCGGGCAGUGCCUUCUUUGUUGAGACAGCUCUCUAGAAGGCAAUUUGUAUGGAUUUGUUUGUUUGACAUUUUGGAGGGGAAAGUGGCAAAUGGACGUUUCUGGAUGACCCUGGUGGCCCGUUUCACAUCCUUGCAUCCAGCAAUGGCACUUAAAGGGCAAGAAGACUAUGUCUAUCUUUUCAAAGAUCCUUCUCAUCCUUUGGAUUUCUUAGAAGCAUUUAGAACAUUCUACCUUGAUGGAUUAUUUACUGAUAUAACACUUCAGUGUCCUUCAGGUGGUAUCUUCCAUUGUCAUAAAGCUGUUUUAGCUGCCUGCAGCAAUUAUUUUAAAGCAAUGUUCACAGCUGACAUGAAAGAAAAGUUUAAAAACAAAAUAAAACUCCCUGGGAUCCACCAUGAAGUUCUAGAAGGUCUUAUAAAUUAUGCAUACACUUCACAAAUCAGAAUAACCCAAAGAAAUGUUCAAAGCCUCCUUGAAGCAGCAGACUUACUACAAUUUUUUCCUGUAAAGAAAGCUUGUGAGCAGUUUUUGGUAAGGCACCUUGAUGUUGAUAAUUGCAUAGGAAUGCAUUCCUUUGCAGAAUUUCAUGUGUGUCCAGAAUUAGAGAAGGAAUCCAGAAGGAUGCUUUUAUCAAGGUUCAAGGAAGUAUGGCAACAAGAAGAAUUUCUUGAAAUCAGCAGUGAAAAAUUAUUCUUUAUUUUGUCCAGAAAGAAUCUAAGUGUUUGGAAAGAAGAAACUGUCAUAGAACCAGUUAUUAAAUGGACAGCACAUGAUGUGGAAAAGAGAAUCGAAGGCAUUUAUGAUCUCCUAAGCUAUGUAGAAAUAGAUAUAGAUCAGAUGUACUUGAAGACUGCUUUGAGUCUUCAGAGAAGACACCUGCUAACUGAAAACAAGUUAAGAGCCUUAAUAUAUAAUGCUCUAAGUCCUAUGCAUAAGGAAGUUUCCCAGAGGUCUACAGCCACUAUGUAUGUUAUUGGAGGCUAUUAUUGGCAUCCUUUGUCAGAGGUUCACAUAUGGGAUCCUAUAAUAAAUGUUUGGAUUCAGGGAGCAGAAAUACCAGAUUAUACCAGAGAAAGCUAUGGUGUUACAAGUUUGGGACCCAACAUUUAUGUUACAGGUGGUUAUAGGACAGAUAACAUAGAAGCCCUUGACUCUGUCUGGAUCUAUAAUAGUGAAACUGAUGAAUGGACUGAAGGCUCCCCCAUGCUCAAUGCAAGAUAUUAUCACUGUGCAGUUACCUUAAGUGGUUGUGUCUAUGCCUUGGGAGGUUACAGAAAAGGAGCACCAGCAGAAGAAGCAGAGUUCUAUGAUCCUUUAAAAAAGAAAUGGAUUCCUAUUGCGAAUAUGAUUAAAGGUGUGGGAAAUGCUACUGCCUGUGUCUUACGGGAAAUCAUCUAUGUCAUUGGAGGCCACUGUGGUUACAGGGGAAGCUGCACUUAUGAUAAAGUCCAGAGUUACAACUCAGACAUCAAUGAAUGGAGUCUGGUUACCUCUAGUCCACAUCCAGAAUAUGGACUGUGUUCAAUUCCAUUAGAAAAUAAGCUAUAUCUUGUUGGUGGACAAACCACAAUUGCAGAAUGCUAUGAUCCUGAACAAAAUGAAUGGACAGAGAUAGCGCCUAUGAUGGAAAGGAGAAUGGAGUGUGGUGCCGUCAUCAUGAAUGGAUGUAUCUAUGUAACUGGUGGAUAUUCCUACUCAAAAGGAACAUAUCUUCAGAGCAUUGAAAAAUAUGAUCCUGAACUUAAUAAAUGGGAAAUAGUGGGUAAUCUUCCUAGUGCCAUGCGUUCACAUGGAUGUGUUUCUGUGUAUAAUGUAUAAUGCAAUCUAUGAAAACCACUAAGUAGAACCAAAAAAAAACCCCAAAACAAAACAAAAAAACCAGUUCACACUUAGCAGCGUACCAAUAGAUAAAGAAUCUUAUUUGGUAUCAAAAUAUUGUUUGGACACUGGAGUUUAUACUACACGGCACCCUAUACUUUUCAAAAGUAACAUUAUCUUUAAUAUUUACUCGGACAGCUACAAAAUAAAUGGUAGGAAGUUAAAGACAUUUGUAAUCAUGCAUUCCAUCUCCUCAUCACAGUAUUGAUGUUGGUAAGACAUCAGAACCAUACUGUGAAAUUGAUGUUCAGUUCUUGCCCUUAGGGUCAUGGGUAGUGCACAUUAAAGUACAAUCUAACAGGUGAUUGAAGUGGAUAGAGGAAAUCUUUUCUACCUCUAUACAAUUUUUAAAUAUUUUUUGAAAUAUUUAAAGCUCAAAGUACUGAGGAAUGUGACAUGAAACUAGAUACAAUCAUCUUUUCUAGUUUUCUUUUUCUCAUGCAGUUUGUAUAAUCUUUUCAAGUGACUUGAUAGUUAUUAUUUUAUAUUUACUGAGUAUUAACAAUGUUUUAUAAAACAGUUAUUGCCUAAGAGUUUACAACCUAAUUCUGAAAGGACGGCAAAACCGAAAAAUGAGAGUAGAAUAAAAUUGCUUAAUAGACUUUGUAUUAAGUAUCAAAAGUUUUUUUUUUUAACAAAUGUGAACCUUUGUGCAAACAAAGUUAAGGUUUCUAUAGUUUAUGCAUGUAAAAAAAAUACCCAGUAUCAUCCCUGAUUAGAAAUAUUUACCUUUAUGUAGAAUGUAUUUUAGAGCUGGAAGGAACCUUGGUAUUCUUCACCCAACCAAUUCAUUUUCUUUCAAACAGAUAAUAAGAAAAGCUGCAUUAGGGUAUAUGUUUAAAUUUUAAGCACUAAAGUAAAAAAAGUCUUAAAAUGCUUGAAUUCUUUUCUUUUGGAAAUAAAUGACCAUAUUCACAGUUUAAAAAAAAACACCCCUGAAAUAAGAGGAAUUAUUUUAAGCUUGGUCUGAAUUAGUAAAAAGUAUUAGUUACAGAAUAGAAUGCAAUGUUAGAACUGGAAAGGAUCUUAGAGAUCAUCUAGUCCAACAAAGAAAUACAGAAACAUUGAGAGACUCUAGACUUACCAAGUCGACCUUGUCUAGGAAUAUAUUUUUUAAAACAGAUGUGAAUUUGUAAUUGCCUUCUGCAUGGUAUUACUAUUUAAAUUCUCAUCUAGAGUUCUUCAAGAUCUUGUUUAAAUCAUCCUGCCUUCUCUGUAUGCCUUUCUUGAUUAUCCUUACUCUCAGUGAUCAUUUCUUCUUUAAAUUUCUUUAAUGUUUAUUGUUGGAACUUGAGGUUUACAAUCCUUCUAGAGUAUUAAGAUUUCUUUUUUGAAUGUUAAAAUAUUUCAGACUCCCACAUUAUUGUAGUUUGAUUAGUAUCCAUUGAUUGAGAAAGUAUAUAAUCAUAAAAAAGCUUUCUAUGAAUUCACUAAUAUUUGAAAUUUUUAUUUUAUUAAUCACAACAACACUUACAUACAUUUAAAAUAGUAUUGUGUACAUAUGCGAGACAUUUAUUUAUUUAGGCAUAUUUGCUUUUUUAUGGAUUAAUUCCCCUGCAGUCUACAAGUUUGGAUCCACUAGUCUAGACCACUCAUCUAGCACUAGUUUGUAGUAAUAAAUCCAGUGCUAGUUUGUACUGUUAUUCAGAGGACUAGACUAGAUGAUCUCCUAAGGCCCCUUCCAGAUCUAAAUCAAUGAUUCUGUGGUCUUUUAAUGUAUUCAUCCUGUCUCCCUGACAGAUUAUUAGCAUGUUGACGGCAGUGACAUUGUCUUAUACCUCUAUUUCCCCAGUGCCUAUCAACUGUUCCCUGCAAUAGUAGGUGUUAAAUAAGUUAAUGUUUCUCAGUAAUAUCAGUUGUUUAUACAUUUUUUAAAAACUGGUUGAAGUGCUUGAAGAUGCUUGAAGUUUGUGCUACUAAGUACUUUUUAAAAGUUUGUCUUUUCUUUAAAAAUCUUAUUUAUGUUUUUAAUUUGCACUCUGAAGAAAGGAUUGAAUAAAGGUAAAUGUCAGCUGUG